AUGGAGGUCAUUGGAAGGUUACUCAUUUGGGCCGUUUUAGCCGCUUGCUGUGGGGCACAGCUGAAUUCCACGGUGGCUGAAGGCAGAUCAAGAUGCACGGCCAGUCUGGGAGGGGCCAAUCUGGGAGAGACCCACAAAGCCCUGAUCCUACAGCUCAAUGCUGAUGAGAACUGUACCUGGACCAUCGAGAGACCUGAAAACAGGAGCAUCCGAAUCAUCUUCUCCCACGUCCAGUUGGAUCCAGACGGAAGGUGUGAAAGUGAAAACAUUAAGGUGUUUGAUGGAAGCUCCACCAACGGGCCUCUGCUAGGGAAAGUCUGCAGUAAAAGUGACUUCGUGCCUGUAUUUGAAUCAUCGUCCAAUUCCCUGACGUUUCAGAUCGUCACGGGCUUGACAAGUGUCCAAAGAAGUGUCUUUAUCUUCUACUACUUCUUCUCUUCUGAUACCUUUAUUCCAAACUGUGGUGGUUACCUGGACACUUUAGAAGGAUCCUUCACCAGCCCCAAUUAUCCGCAGCAACACCCAGAGCUGGCAUACUGCGUGUGGCACAUACAAGUGGAGAAAGGCUAUAAGAUAAAACUGAACUUUAAAGAGGUCUUCCUAGAAAUGGACGAAUACUGCCGAUUUGAUUUCAUCGCACUCUACGACGGCCCCUCCACCACAUCUGGCCUGCUGGAACAAUUGUGUGGCCGCGGGCAACCUACCUUUGAAUCUUCCUCCAACUCCAUGACAGUUGUGCUAUCUACAGAUUAUGCCAAUUCCUACAGGGGCUUUUCUGCCUCCUACACUUCUAUUUAUAUAGACGAUGUCAACACCACAUCUUUAAGCUGUGCUUCUGACAAGAUGAGAGUCAUCAUAAGCAAAUCGUACCUGCAGUCACUUAACUACAAUGAGAACAACUUGCAACUGAAUGAUCCAACUUGCAGACCGAGUGUAUCAAACGUCGUAGAAUUCUCUAUCCCUCUGCACGAAUGCGGUACAGUUAAAAAGAUAGAGGACCACACAAUCUCUUACACCAACAUAAUCACCUUCACCGAGUCUCCAAUUUCUGCAGUGAUCACCCGUCAGAAGCACCUCCAGAUAGUGGUGACAUGUGAGAUGGAAUAUAAUUCUACUGUGGAGAUUCUGUACAUAACCGAAGAUGACAUCAUACAAAACCAAAGUGUCCUGGGCAAAUACAACACCAGCAUGGCUCUUUAUGAGUCCAACUCAUUUGAAAACCAAAUAGAGGAGUCACCAUAUUAUGUGGAUUUGAACCAAACUCUUUACGUCCAAGUCAGUUUGCAUACCUCAGACCCGGGUCUGGUGCUGUUUCUGGACACCUGCAGAGCCUCCCCCACGUCUGACUUCGCAUCUCCAACCUAUGACUUAAUCAACGGCGGAUGUAGUCAAGAUGAGACUUGUCAGGUGUAUCCCUUACUUGGACACUAUGGAAGAUUCCAGUUUAAUGCUUUUAAAUUCUUGAGGCAUCUGAGCUCUGUGUAUCUGAAGUGUAAGAUUUUGAUCUGUGAUACCAGCGAUGAAACAUCUCGCUGCAAUCAAGGCUGUGUCUCAAGAAGGAAACGAGAUGUUUCUUCAUACAAGUGGAAGACUGACUCUGUCAUAGGACCAAUUCGUCUGAAGAGGGACCGAAGUGCUAGUGGAAACUCAGGACUUCUGCCUCAAACACACACAGCAGAAACUCCAAACCAACCUCUCAGCCAUCUACACCUCUUUUCCUUCAUGGUUCUUGCUCUCAAUGUGAUGGUUGUGGCCGCAGCCACAGUGAGGCAUUUUGUAAAUCGACGGAUGGAUCACAGAUACCAGAAGCUGCAGGUCUACUAGCUCUUGACCCCUAAGAAGGCCCCUUGCCUUCUCACGGAUGCUGGAUGAAGCCGCUCCUCAUGCCUAAACAAGGGUUAGGAAUAAACCAGGAAGGCCUGAAAAGGCAACACAAUACUUUUAUGUUCAUAUCAUGGUGAUAGUGUAUUUCGUUAUGGGAUGGCUGAAAUGAAUAAACAUUAUGUCUGGUCA